AUGAAAAAUGAUUAAAGUAUUUGGAAAUAUAACCCAUCUUCUUUGUAUAGAGAAAAACAAUAUAGUAUUUUUAGAUAAGUAGGACAUUAAUCACUUAAAUAAUUAUUGCCUUAAGAAAUACAGAUUAAAAAGAAAAGGCAUAAUUUGAGUUUAUAAAACUCUUUUGAAAAACUGCCAGAAAUAGAAAAGACAAGAAAAAAAUUUAUUUAUGAAGUUCCUAAAUUAGAAUAUCCAUCAUUACCUUUGAAAAUAUUGACAGUUGAGGAAUAUAGAAUUAUAUUGGAGAAAAGAAUAAAAGAAGAGGAAUAAAGAAAAAAUUAAAAAUAAAAAUGGGAACUUCCUAAAAUAGAAGUCUUUGUUAAACCUAGUAAGUAUUCAAUAAAAUCAUCAGUUGAUAAUUAAAAACUUAGAAUAAAAAUGGAAUAAUUCUUAAUUGAUUGA